GGCCGCCGCCUCCCGCCGCGGGACGGGACGGGUCACAGCCCUUUGCUAAAGCUCCCAGGACUCUUCCCCCUGCUUCUCCUGUGGAACGGGGAGGCUGAGUGUAUGCCAGCAUGGCAGAGAAAGUGAACAACUUCCCUCCCCUGCCGAAGUUCAUCCCCUUGAAGCCAUGUUUCUACCAGGACUUCGACGCGGAGAUCCCCCCGCAGCACCGCACCAUGGCCAAGCGGCUUUACUACCUCUGGAUGUUGAACAGCAUCACCUUGGCAGUGAAUCUGGUUGGCUGCCUGGCAUGGCUGAUCGGAGGCGGCGGAGCCGUCAAUUUCGGACUGGCAAUUCUCUGGCUCAUUCUCUUUACGCCCUGCUCCUAUGUCUGCUGGUUUAGACCUAUUUACAAAGCUUUCAAGACAGACAGUUCCUUCAGCUUCAUGGCUUUCUUCUUCACCUUCAUGGCCCAGCUGGUGAUCAGCAUUAUCCAGGCAGUGGGGAUACCUGGCUGGGGUGUCUGCGGCUGGAUUGCAGCAAUCUCCUUCUUCGGGACCAACGUGGGCUCGGCCGUGGUGAUGCUGAUCCCCACCGUGCUCUUCACAGGCAUGGCAGUCUUCUCCUUCAUCGCUCUCACCAUGGUGCAUAAGUUCUACCGGGGGAGCGGUGGGAGCUUCAGCAAAGCCCAGGAGGAGUGGACCACGGGGGCCUGGAAGAACCCCCACGUGCAGCAGGCGGCACAGAACGCAGCCAUGGGGGCGGCGCAGGGGGCCAUGAUGCAGCACGAGACGCAGUACUCGGCCACCCCCAACUACACCUACUCCAACGAGAUGUGAGCAGCAGGACUCUGUCCUCAGGAGAAAGAUCUUUGCUGAGGGAAGGGAGAGAGGAGGAGGAGGAGGAAGGCUGAGCCGAGUUUCUGCAGCCAUGCCAGAGAGUCUGGGUGUAUCCUCAUGGU